AUGGGUGGGUGCGGAGGAAAACCAUAAAAAAAAAACAAGAAACCUUAUGUUUUACCAAAAUAAUUAGAAUAACAAUGUAUGGUUUAUUUCUAAGUUAGUUAAUGCUAUAGAAAUUGAUUUACUUUAUUUAAUAUAUUAGGACUUAGCUUCACGUAAUGUAGAAAACUUAGUCAACAAAACAGCUUUUACUGAUUUCUUUACAAUGAUUGGAUUGUGGGGAGAACUUGUUUUUGAUUAUUUUAACUAAGAAAAUCAGAGUUUAUUGAAUUUUGAGCAAUUUUUAAAAGGAGUUGUCCAUUAUAUAAAAUGUGAUGAAAAUUAAAAAAUUUAGCAUCUUUUUAAAUUAUAUGACUUAGAUAAAUAAGGUGUAAUUCGAAAAUCUGAGUUUCUUCAAAUGGUAUAAUAAAAAAAUUAAAAUUAGAUUUAAAAUUAUCCUCGAGAUGAUUUAAUUAAAUUGCUAGACGACCCUAUGUUCUUAGAGGAUCUAAAAAUUCUUAAAUAUUAUGAAACAAAGGAGAUAAUGAAUCAAAAAAAAAAUUAACCUAAACGUGCAGAUGAAUAAGAGUUUACAGAAUCAGGUAAUAAAAAAAAAAAAGAAAAUAGUGCAUGCAAUUUAGAGAAAAAAUUCAUUAAGUGGAGAAAUACAAUCAAUUUAAGGAGCAAAAUCUGGAGAGUCAGGAAUGGGAUCAUAAAACAAUUUACCAGCAUUUAAUGAAUAAAGUGUUGUUAUGAUGUUUCCAAAUGAGAGUAUGAUUGGGCCUACAGGAGUUCCUAUGGGUCAAUUUGGUUAAAAUAUUACUUUUAAUAUAAAUGGAAAAUUAGUAGAAUUAAAAAGAGUCAACAUUAAUUAUUUAGUACAUAAAUAUGUUAAUAUGAUCUAUAAACAUAAGGCUAAAAAUGAUUAAGAGUAUAUUAUAUUAAUUAAAUUAGUUUAUCUCUUGAAGAUUUUACAACUUUUGUUAAAUUGCAUCCUAAAAUAUUUGAGGGGCUUUAUAAAGCAUUCAAUUUUGAUGUUUGGGGUUUUGAUAUUAAUGCAUAAGUUCCUCGUAUGAUGAUGGCACCAAAAGAUUUAGAAGGAGAAGUUAAAAAAAUCAGCAAAAAAAAUCCUAAACUUAAUAAUACUAGAUAUUUUAAAUUAAUGUAGAGAUUUUGCUUAUCUUUUAAAACAAAAGAAUCUACUUUGCCAUCAAGUAAAUAAUAUUAAAUAGUCUUUAGAGAUAUUUUGCCUUGAUGGUUUAACAAUUUAAGAAAAAGUUAAUAAUCAAGAAUAAUAAUAUGGUUUCGAAGUUUCUCAUAAAGAUAAAUUAUAUUAAACUAGAACUUAUUUAUGUUAAGAUUUCGAAGAUUAUAAAAGAUGGACUAACAGUUUAUAAAUGUUUCAAAAGUAUUUAUUAUAUUUAAAUCUUAGAGCUUCUGUUAAUGAUUAUUAUUCAAUUCUAUAGAAAAUAGGAGAAGGCAAAUUUUCUAUUGUUUACCUUUGUGAAUGUAAAAAAGAUAGGCAAAUUCUAGCUAUUAAAAUUAUUGAAAAAUUUAAAUUGUCAAAAUCUGAAAAAUUAAUGCUUGCGUAAAAUUAGUAUUUAGUUGUAGUCAUGAGGUAGAAAUCAUGAAAUUACUUAAUCAUUCUUGUAUUGUUCGUUUCCAUGAAAUUAUAGAAACAAAAACUCAUUUGAAUAUCAUUACUGAAGUUGUUAGAGAUGGAGAUUUAUUUGAUUACAUCAUAAAAAAUGAAAAUAUUAAUGAACAAGAGGCAUCAUUAAUUAUGAGUUAACUUUUUGAUACUUUAAAUUAUAUUCAUAGUGUUGGAAUUGUUCAUAGAGAUUUAAAACCAGAAAAUAUUAUGAUUGUUUUAGAUCCUACAAAAAAAAAUGUAAAACAAGUUAAAAUUAUUGAUUUCGGAUUUGCCAAUUUUUUAACGAAUAUCUAAACAAAAGAAGGAGAAGCACUUUGUGGAACAACUAAUUAUUUAGCUCCUGAAAGUUUAGAAUAGAAAAAAAUUGACUUUAAAGUUGAUAAUUUUGCUUUGGGAGUUAUCUUAUAUUUUCUUUUAUCUGGUAUUUUCAAAUAUUUAUUUUAUAAUUUAGGUUAUUUACCUUUUGAUUCUGAAUUUCCAGAAGAUAUUAUUAAAAAUAUAAUUGAAUGUAAAUAUGAUCUGCAAGAAGACUUUUGGUCAUAAAUUUCAGAAGAGGCAAAAGAUUUAAUAAAGAAAUUAUUGAUGAAAGUACCUGACGAAAGAAUUUCUUUGUCAUCAGCUUUAGAGCAUCCAUGGAUUAAAGUAUAAAUUUAUAUUCAAGUAGAACCGAAAUUAAUUACCAACAAAAAAGGCUUAAAGAGUUAAAAAUAGAUUAGGCUUAUUUUGA